GGUCAUUCCAUGGCGUGAGAACCAACCUAAACAACAACACAAUGGAAGCCAUGAUGUUCUAAGCAGGGCCACAUACCUUCCAAAUCCUCCCUCCCUCAGACCAGGGAUAAAAGGGAAGAAGGCUCUAGUUCAGCACUACAGCGGCUCCAUUGAUCCUAGCAGUCACCACUUCCCUUCCCUCAGUCUUGCCCUCCCUGUGUACGGCUGCCUGGCCUGCGGAGGAGGAGGCAGGCAAACGGAGUAGAGCUGCAUCGAUUCAAGCCGCCCAUCAUACAGGAGGCAGGGACUUACAGGAGGAGAACCUACCCAGCUAGGGCUGAUGGGCUGGGGCUUGAGCGAGUGAUUGAGUCACCCGAUCGCCAGUCUCUUUACUGUCCACCUGCAGCCUGCACCUCCCCCCAUCCUCCUCCAGUCAUUAUUCUGGACCAGAGGGGGAGUACAAAUACACAGAGAGGAGAUAAGUGCCUGGGUGGAGCCCGUGGUGAAGAGAAGAGAGCUCUAUACUGUGUGUGGGGAAAAGGAAAAAUAAGCUUUCUUUAGCUUCAGAGUCCCUCUCUAUCAGUGGUGUGGUGGUGUUGUUGUUGUUGUUUUUGUUGCUGAUGCUGUUGCUGACGUGUGGGCCAGAGCGGAUGGAGAUUGAAAAGUCAGGACUGUGAAUGAUGCUCUGUUGAAAGGCGGAAGUGCUGUAAUUGCCUGUUGAAUCGACCAGUUCCUCGUCCAUCUGCCUACCCUGCCCAGCCCAGCUGAUGUUGCUCUACCUCAGUCUGGCCAUGGAGUCCAACGAGGAUGGGGAGAAUUGGAGGGAGGAGGAGAAUGGAGAGAAGUGGAUGGAGGACCAGUGGGAGAAAUGGCUGACCCAUGACAUUAGCCUGGAGGAGUUUGAGGACGAGGACCUUUCUCAGGUCACAGAGAUCACUGAUGAGGCUGGAACCAGCCUUAACUACGACGACCUUGACUCUCAAGACCAUGUGACGUGGCCAGCCAGUAGCGAAGCGGGGAAGGCAGACGGGCGGGGGUUCAGGGAAGUGCAGGCGGAGAUGCUCCACUUGGAACUGAUCGAUGCUGAGGGGGAGAUCCAGGAGGAAGAGGAGCACUGGGGCCUGAUCCAUGGUUCCCUCGGCGACCACAGACUCAACCAGGGAGAGAGAGGGGCCGUCGUUCUAACUCCUGUCAGACAGCAGCAGCCCAAUGUGAUAGAAUUCAAAUCUGCUGAACAUCCAGUCGCUAUGGAUACGUACAGGCCCAAGAGACCCACCACACUAGCGCUGUUUCCACAGGUGCAGCCUCAGCCUCCUCAGCCUCCCAGGACUCAGGACAAGGAUACAAUUAACAACAACUCAUUUGGAAAGAAGGACACAUGGAAGGAGAAUCUGUCAAACUCAAACUCCUCCUCCCCCCACAUAACAGGCGAUCUGACACCCACUAAGGAGCAGGUCAACGAUGAGUCUAAAGUCCAGCAGCACAACGAUGGCUCUGUGGCCAAACAACCCCAACACAGAGGUAGAGUACCAGAGAAGGCAGUCAAGGCAUACAGCAAGGACUACUCCACGUUCAUCUCACAUGGACCGACAGAAUCACGGGGCAGGCGGCGUGACGCAAAGCAGCGGGAUAAGAAGUCCUCCACUGCUCCGCACAACCGGACGACAGCAGCAAAGCCGAAAGCAGACAGCGUGAGAGACAAAGCUGUGGAUGGGGAUAGGGAUGGGAGCAGGGGGCGAGGAGGACAGGGGCAUGGGCGGGGGUGCUGCAGUGAGGAGGAGCGCCAGCCAGAAGCCACGCAGGAGAUCUACCUGACACCGGUACACCAGAAGAACACAGACACUGACUGUCCAGACUCUGACCGUCCCUUCCUGUCUCAGAGCAGCGAGGGCAAUCGCAUGUCAAUCAGCUCUGACGCGGAGGGACCCCCAGCGUACACAAACACUGCCCUCCCCAACCGAACAAACCCCUCUAUCAGCGAGGAGGACGAGGUCUACCUGCACCCCCCUGCACCUCCUCCACGUUCCUUCUCCAUCUCCUCAUGCUUUAGGCCAUCUGACAGUGAGGGAGGGGAGCGGGAAAGGGGGUUGUGGGACAGGGACUCUAAGUCUAGCUCUAAGGGUGAGUCGGGGGGGUCGGGGGCCCUGCGGACUGCACACGCUCAGAGCUCCGAGGCCGAUGGCCUCUCCUAUGACUCUGUUAAGUACACCCUAGUGGUGGACGAGCACGCCAAGUUAGAACUGGUGAGCUUGAAGCAGUGCUACCAGAGCUACAGUGAUGAAAGCGACACAGAGACGGUAUAUGAGUCAGCCAACGAGGAAGAGGACUAUGAGGUGGAUCACAGCGAGCUGAAGAGAGAAAGGAAGUCAUCACGUCUGUCGAGGGCUUCUUCGUCCUCUGAGGCAGGAGUUGGCGGGGGACCUCGAACACGCAAGUUCCGCAAUGUGUUUGUGAACAGACAUUUACAUUCCUCUGGUGCGGAGUCCUUUGGCCUGUUCUCCUGUGUGUUGGAUGGAGUAGAGCAAGAGCAGAGCCACAGAGCUGUGUUUAGGUUUGUCCCUCGCCAUAGCGAUGAGCUGGAGCUAGAAGUGGACGACCCUCUGCUUAUGGUGGUUCAGGCUGAUGAUCUGUGGUGUAAGGCCUACAAUAUGAGAACUGGGGCCUGCGGCAUCUUCCCUGCCUACUACGCUGCCAAGGUCACCCAGGAACCCAUCAAAGAUAACAAAGAUGACUGGGUAGACAGGUUCCGAGUGAAGUUCCUGGGUUCUGUUAACGUACCCUACCACAAAGGCAACGACGUGCUUUGUGCUGCUAUGCAAAAGGUUGCUAACAACCGCCGGAUGACCAUGCAGCCUCCCUCUGCGUGUAUUCUGGAAAUCAACCUGAAGGGGGUGAAAAUCAUUGUGCAAGAUGAAUGUAGGACCUCGGAAAGAGGGGAUAAGUGCUUUCACUUUUUUCAACUUAAGAACAUCUCCUUUUGCGGCUGUCACCCAAAACAUAACAAGUAUUUUGGAUUCAUCACCAAACAUCCUGAUCACCAGAGGUUUGCUUGCCACGUGUUUAUGUCAGACGACUCCAUGAUGCCUCUGGCUCAGUCUGUUGGAAAAGCCUUUCAAUUGUACUACAAGGAAACGGUGGGCUACUCAUGCCCAACGGAGGACAUCUUCAUUGAGUAGCUUUCUUCUGGCUAUAGUACAUUUCUCCAAUGUUGUGUCAUGAUGAAACAACUUGCAUUGGUGGAUUACUGCAUUGAAUGGUAACUAACUUCUAGUAAUAUUGAUCUGUCACACAGGUCUACUUGGUGCGGUCUUCCUAUUCACUGUCGUGAUUCCACAGCACAAACAGAAAUACCCAAACUAAAGCAUUACCAAUCCUAUCCAAAAGAGCAAACAUGUAUCUUCCUUAAAAGAAAAAGAAGGUAAUUGGCCAAAAGUACAGUACUUUUAAAUGUCAAGUAUGCAGCCAAAUAUAAGGCCCGGCACUACAGUACAGAAAAUCCCAAAAGUAGUUACAGAUUUCAGAUCUAAUUCAAUAUCACACUCAAAAUCAAGAUAGAAUAUGUUUCUAUGUGUGUGGCUUUACGAGCAAUUCCAAAUGAUAUGAGAUCACGAUAUCAAGUCACCUGGAAACCUUGUCUUGGCACAGAGGAAGACAGAGAGGCAGUGAUUUCAAUCUGUCCGUAUGUGUCCCUGGACUGUUUUUAAAAUCACACUGUGUUUGAUUUCAGAUUCAGUUAGUAUGUAUGUUGGAUGGGAAAGUGUAUUAAUGGAUUAAUGUUCCCCAUCACAUCAUAACAGGCUUUAAAUGAAGCCCCGUUCAUCAUUCUCACCAAUGAACUCUGACUAGGGCCUCUCAUCUAUCUUCCAAUACCAAAAAGGUGAAUUCACUUUUAUUUUUCUCUUAAUGUGACUCCGUACAGCCAAUGGCAAUGUCCGCUUUAGGCUUGUGGAUUUGACAACUCUUAACGCAGUUCCACCUCUGACACCUCCAAAACAACUGCUAUGCGGAUGUCGGCCAAAGCGGAUAUGAUUUAAUAGAGCCCAUACUACUACCGUAACUUGGAAACAAUAUUUUUGGCCCAAAUGGUAAGGUGGGAUUCCUUUAUUAGGAAAAUACUUUAAUAAAUAUGAUCUUGGAAUCACUGUGGUCUUUCCACUUUAAAAGUCACCCAGAAGGCAUGUGUUCUAAAAUCAUGUUUUCAAACCACAAGUAGUGCCUAUUUUCUAAUUAUUGUGGUUACUGUAUACAUGAUGUAUUUCCUUUUUAUUUGAGAAGGUUAUCCUGGCACUGUGGGACAGAUGUAAUACCUGUACAAUAUAAAUAUGCUGUUUGUAAAUGAAAUGUCCUACAGUUAGUUUGAUCAAACCGGGUGUGUAUUGCAUGAUAUCAAUGUCAAACAAAACAUUGUAGAGAAAAAAAACACAGGAUGUCAAUUCUUGUCAUUAAAUGUGAAGGUGUUUGCAUCCUCUCUGAAAUUUAUGAUUUAUAUUUUCCUUGAUGAUUCCAUCUCUAAACAACACUCGAAGAGGUAGCCUGAGGUGUAAAAAUCUUCCUGGCCAUGCAGUGAGACAUUAUUGCCAUGGGCGACAUUGUGACACACAGCAACAAUUUUUAUAUUAGGUGAUACAGGGUUGGUAAUCAUAAAUUACAUACAAAUAUAUCACAUCAUAAAUAACUACAUACAAGAAUGUGUGUUACCAGGUAGGGAACACUGUAUUACAGUUCCAACCUGCAGAGAUGUUAUCGUAAAAUAAAACUUUCACACUUCUCAGACAGACAGGUUCUCUCUCAUAGUACUAAAUAUAUAACAGUUCUACAGAAAUUCGCCUAGAGUAAUAAGCCUAAUAAGCCUACACCGUUGUAACACAGACACUAUAGUUGUAACAGGGUUAAUGACAAAUUUAGUUUGCCAGUGGAAGUAUAAGUGUGUUAAUGGGAGGCCAAGGGGCCAUUGGGAGGUCAGCCUCAGUCCAGGCUCAGUUCUCUGAGGAGUCAGUCUCCUCGGUGGAUCCGUCACUCUCCAUCUCGAUCCUCUUGCGGUGGUGAAGGGACUUGCGUGGGGAGGCCUUCCUAGGGGGCUCCUUGUGUCCUGGUACACUGCUGCUGCUGUUGGACGUAGGGCUGAUAGCGAUCUGGGCAAUGCUGUAGAGAGCAUAGAGAUAUCAUAACAUAUUACAAUAUAAUAUUAUUUAAUCCUGUUGAGAGGAGAGGAUACACAGUACUACGGAACUGACUGAGCUUCCAACCAGAGGGUGACUGAAGGUUCAUAGUCAAGUUGUGUCAAGGCAAUGAAGGCAUGCAACGUGCUCUAUUAGCCAUUUUAACAGUGUAGUAGAAACAUGGGUAAAUUUAGGUUUUGAUUAUAGUACAUUAUGUGCUCCAGUUUACUCACAGUUUCUCCACUUCCUGGUCCAUCUCAGGGUCAAUGAGAAGCUCUGACUUGUUUGGUAGGGCACCUAGCAAGGUCAACUCAAUUACAAACACUAGAUAAAACAGUGAUUAAAUGAAAAGCCUUUUAAGGUACAUUUAUUGUAUUUCAUUGUAGUUCUAUUUCAUUAUUGGAACAAUAGUCUUUGUUGUCAAUAGAUAACGACACAGUAGGCUAGUUCUCACCAAUGUCCUGGUUGAUGCCCUCAUGUCUGACCAGAGCCAUCACAAAGCCAUAGAAUGUCACUCUCUGUGUUAGCUCCAGAACCUCUCUAAUGGCAGAUGUAGAAGGAUGGCUAUGGAGAAACACACAAGAUCAAUAAAUCACUCUAACUUAAAGCGGCAAUAUGUAACUUUUUCGGUGACCUGACCAAAUUCACAUAGAAAUGUGUGUUAUGGAUCUGUCAUUCCCCCCCCAAAAAAAUCUAAAAUGCAGUAGAUCUGUUCUAUGAGCACUAUUUCUAUACUUCCUGUUUUUAAGUUUAGUUUUUGCGUCCUUUACUUUCAGUUUUGUACAAAAGCUUCAAACAGCUGAAAUUACAAAAAAAAAUGGGUUUGGAAAAUAUAUUUAAAAGCUGUUUAGAUGGUACAAUAAUUCUCUACACUAUACUUGCUUGUUUUAUCACAUAAACUGAUAUUAGGCAAACUAUUCCAUUUUUAGCAACCAGGAAAUGGUGGAGCGAUUUCAACAUAGAGCAUCUCUAAUCAGGAGUUAUGUACCCUAGUAGUUCAAUACAACUUCAUUUGACCCCCCGGUAUGAUCUUCUCCCGAGUGCUGGCGUUACCUGAGAAUCAUUGAAUGUUUGUUUAUAUUGUCAUUGUAGGCUAGUCACAAUAUGUAUUUAGAUGUAUUGUAAUCAUGGAACUAUUUCUUACUUGUGUUUGAACCUUUCACAAAGCACCUCGAUGCACUCUCCAAAGACAGAGGAGUCCACUCCUUCCUGGGCCUCAGUUUCCUCUGUGGCCACCUGGGGGAGCUGUUCCACUGAGGUAGAGGUUGGGACGAUCACAGUGUUGGGGCUUUUCCCUGACAGCAGGUCCUGGUAGAUCACAGCAAUACUCUCCAGGAACUCUGUUAGUGGAAAGUAAAAGGAAUACAGGAUUUCAGGUGACACAGUACAACCUAGAGUCUACCCAGUUAGAGUCUGAAAAGGAUCUAGUGCUCUAUAGCAUUAGAGUUUAUGUAACCGGUUGCAGCACCGCCUGGUAUGGCAACUGCUCUCUGCAUCGGACUAUAAGGCGCUGCAGAGGAUAGUGCGUACGGCCCAGUACAUCACUGGGGCCAAGAUUCCUGCCAUCCAGGACCUAUAUACUAGGCGGUGUCAGAGGAAAGCCCCAAAAAUUGUCAAAGACUCCAG